AUUACGAAAGAGCGUCACUAAAGUGUAUGUCGUCCAUCCUAAUCUUUGGCUAAAAAGUGUCUUCCGGCUUUGUCGUCCAUUCUUAAGGUAAUGAUCUUUUUAUUCUGUGGUAAUGAUCUUUUUAUUCUGUGGUAAUGAUCUUUUUAUUCUGUGGUAAUGAUCUUUUUAUUCUGUGGUAAUGAUCUUUUUAUUCUGUGGUAAUGAUCUUUUUAUUCUGUGGUGAUGAUCUUUUUAUUCUGUGGUAAUGAUCUUCUUAUUCUGUGGUAAUGAUCUUCUUAAUCUGUGGUAAUGAUCUUAUUCUGUGGUAAUGAUCUUCUUAUUCUGUGUUAAUGAUCUUCUUAAUCUGUGAUAAUGAUCUUUUUACUCUGUGGUAAUGAUCUUUUUAUUCUGUGGUAAUGAUCUUCUUAAUCUGUGAUAAUGAUCUUCUUAUUCUGUGAUAAUGAUCUUUUUACUCUGUGGUAAUGAUCUUUUUACUCUGUGGUAAUGAUCUUCUUAAUCUGUGAUAAUGAUCUUCUUAUUCUGUGAUAAUGAUCUUUUUACUCUGUGGUAAUGAUCUUUUUAUUCUGUGUUAAUGAUCUUCUUAAUCUGUGGUAAUGAUCUUAUUCUGUGGUAAUGAUCUUCUUAUUCUGUGGUAAUGAUCUUCUUAUUCUGUGGUAAUGAUCUUCUUAUUCUGUGGUAAUGAUCUUCUUAUUCUGUGGUAAUGAUCUUUUUAUUCUGUGGUAAUGAUCUUUUUAUUCUGUGGUAAUGACCUUAUUCUGUGGUAAUGAUCUCCUUAUUCUGUGGUAAUGAUCUUCUUAUUCUGUGGUAAUGAUCUUCUUAUUCUGUGGUAAUGACCUUCUUAAUCUGUGGUAAUGAUAUUCUUAAUCUGUGGUAAUGAUCUUCUUAAUCUGUGGUAAUUAUCUUCUUAUUUUGUGGUAAUGAUCUUCUUAUUCUGUGGUAAUGAUCUUCUUAUUCUGUGGUAAUGAUAUUCUUAAUCUGUGGUAAUGAUCUUCUUAAUCUGUGGUAAUUAUCUUCUUAUGUGGUAAUGAUCUUCUUAUUCUGUGGUAAUGAUCUUUUUAUUCUGUGGUAAUGAUCUUUUUAUUCUGUGUUAAUGAUCUUCUUAAUCUGUGGUAAUGAUCUUCUUAAUCUGUGGUAAUGAUCUUCUUAUUCUGUGGUAAUGAUCUUCUUAUUCUGUGGUAAUGAUCUUCUUAUUCUGUGGUAAUGAUCUUCUUAUUCUGUGGUAAUGAUCUUCUUAUUCUGUGGUAAUGAUUAUCACAUUAAUUGAGUACAGCCCCACCCCUCGAAAUAACAAACUAAUUAGUUCUACUAUAUUUUAGCUCUAACUUUGCAAGAAAGUUGAAGUUUGUGAGUACUUUGAAAGAAUUAUCAAGUUACGUCAAAACAGAUUUUAUUUAUAUUCCUGAUGAAGUUACAAGGUGAGUUGUCUUGUCUCUCUUACAACGUGCUCAUGCAUUCGUCGCAUCAUUUUCCGUUUCUCAUUUCAGGGUUGAUCCAGAUUACCGGAAGCUGCAUGCCAGCUAG